AUGAGCAGAGUGAAACAUGAGAAUAAGGUUCUUGUUGCUGUUAAAGCAUCUAGAGAGAUUUCAAAGACAGCUUUGGUUUGGGCUUUAACUCACAUUGUUCAUCCUGGAGAUUGCAUAACUCUGAUUGUUGUUGUUACUUCUCAAAACUCUGGUCGAAAGCUAUGGACUUUCCCGAGGUUUGCUGGAGAUUGCGGUGGAAGUGGUCAUCGGAAAUCGAAUUCUGAUUCAAUUCCUGAAAUAAAGAGUGAUCUUACUGAUACUUGUUCUCAAAUGAUUCUCCAACUUCAUGAUGUUUAUGAUCCAAACAAGGUUAAUGUCAAGAUCAAGAUUGUUUCUGGAUCACCAUGUGGAGCUGUUGUGUCCGAGGCGAAGAUAUCAGAAGUAAAUUGGAUAGUUCUUGAUAAGCACCUUAAGCAAGAAGAGAAACGUUGCAUUGAUGAGUUACAAUGCAACAUUGUGGCGGUGAAGCGUUCUGAGGCGAAAGUUCUUCGCUUAAACUUGGUCGGGGAUCCGACAAAGGAACCGGAAUCAGCAUCUGAAAAGAACAAAAACAAGCAGUUAGAUUCAGUUAAAGCGAUAGUUACAACAACUCCUAUUAGUAGUCCUGAAGUUGAGACACCAUUCACAGGAACAGAAGCUGGGACUUCAUCAGUGUCUAGUUGUGAAAUUGGGGCGUCGUCGCCUUUUUUCACGGUGGAAGUGAAAAAGGAGGAAGCUUUGGUCAUCAAAGAGAAUGAUGAUGAAUCCGGUUAUGAUUCAGAGAGCGAAAACUUAUCUUUAUCUUCGACAAGUAUGAGAUUUGAGCCUUUGAUAUCAGAAUAUCUUCACACUCAUCGCCUUUCGUUACAAGAAUCAGAGGAAAGUCAAGUGAAAAGUGCUGCACAAGUAUCUACUAAAAUGGCUUUGGUUGAGUUUAAUGGAGGAGAAACCGAGAUUUCGAGUAAAAGGAGUGACUUGGAGGAGUUUAGUGGAAACUUAAGACAAGCAAUGUCGCUAUCAAGAAAUGCUCCUCCGGUUCCACCUCCUCUAUGUUCUAUAUGUCAGCACAAAGCGCCCGUAUUUGGGAAACCGCCAAGGUUUUAUUUAUACAAAGAGUUAGAGCUUGCAACAAAUGGGUUUUCCCAAUCUAAUUUCUUAGCAGAAGGUGGUUUUGGAUCAGUUCAUCGAGGUGUAUUACCGGGAGGCCAGAUUGUAGCAGUAAAGCAACACAAACUAGCUAGUACUCAAGGAGAUGUAGAGUUUUGCUCUGAAGUAGAAGUUUUGAGUUGUGCUCAACAUCGGAACGUAGUUAUGUUAGUCGGUUUUUGCAUUGAAGAAAGUAGAAGACUCUUGGUCUAUGAAUACAUAUGCAAUGGAUCAUUAGACUCUCAUUUAUACGGUCGCCAUAAGGACACUUUAGAAUGGCCUGCAAGGCAAAAAAUAGCGGUUGGAGCGGCUCGAGGUCUUCGAUAUCUUCAUGAAGAGUGUAGAGUUGGUUGCAUUGUUCAUAGAGACAUGAGGCCUAACAAUAUACUAAUCACUCACGAUUAUGAACCACUGGUUGGAGAUUUUGGUUUAGCGCGGUGGCAGCCUGAUGGAGAGCUCGGUGUAGACACACGCGUGAUAGGAACAUUCGGCUAUUUAGCUCCAGAAUAUACUCAAAGUGGACAAAUCACAGAGAAAGCUGAUGUUUACUCGUUCGGAGUCGUAUUAAUCGAGCUAAUCACGGGUCGUAAAGCCAUGGAUAUCUUCAGACCAAAAGGACAACAAUGUUUAACUGAAUGGGCAAGGUCUUUAUUAGAAGAGUACGCGGUUGAAGAAUUGGUUGAUCCGAGGCUCGAGAAGCGAUAUUCAGAAACCGAAGUGAUAUGUAUGAUUCACACAGCUUCAUUGUGUAUACGUAGAGAUCCAAAUUUACGUCCUCGAAUGUCUCAGGGAGGUUUAGUGGAAGAUUAUCGAUUGAGAGAAGUCAAAGAUCAUAAUUAA